GAAAGUAUUGAAAACUGCCAAGUGGAAUAUGAAUCAAUGAGUCAAGAUGAGACUGAAAUAUAUGACGGAUCUAUUGAUAACGAAUAUAUUAGUUCAAAUGAUAUCGAUGAACAACAGUGCCCAGUCAAAGGCGGUAGAAUGGUUAGAGCUGAUGAAUCUUGGAAUAACGAAGAUAUUAGUGAGGAAGGUCCCAUGACUGAAAACUAUACGUUCGAAAAUGGACAGGCGAGAAAAGUAUCAGGAGAAGAAGCUGAACAAAUCAAAAACAAGAAUUCGCUGGUUCAAAUUUAUCAAUGUCCAAAGUGUUGUUUGAAAUUUCCUGAAGUAGAUCACUUCAUGAAACAUUUAUGCGACCCCAGUAAAAUCAGUCACAAAUUGAAAUGCAUUCAUUGUAAUGCUGUGUUCUCCAACGAUCAGUCUUUACAUGCACACAUGGAGUCUCAUUCGUACAAAGAAAAAGAAGAAAUGGUAACUAACGUUGUUACUCUAAGCCCGCAUACCUGCAAUAUUUGUAAAACAAUGUUUCCUUCUUUCAAGAGUCUUCGAUUGCAUCAAAAAAUGCAUGACCCGGUGAAAGAGAAAGCUCUUGAAGCGCCAGUCAGUUACUCGUCAGGUGUUGAGUGUGAUUCUAAACCAGUAGUUCGUCAAAUAUUUGUUUGCAAUAUAUGUAACAAUACUUAUGACAAAGAAUAUGAAGAAGUUCAUAUGAAGUCUCAUGAAGAGGGAAAUCAGUUUGACUGUACUAUCUGCAAUCGUAAGUUUCAUUCACAGGAAAAUUUGGAAAUGCACACCAAAGUUCAUUAUAACACUAAAAAAGUGUUCACUUGCUCGUACUGUAAAAAGGCUUUCAAUACCGAGGAAGCUUUACAAGAUCAUGUAGCAACGCUUUGUCAGCCCAGACAAUAUGUAUGUCGAUAUUGUGGUAGACGAUUUGCAAGGCCUCACGAGAAGGUCAAACAUGAACGAAUACAUACAGGAGAAAAACCUCACGUCUGUCAAAUUUGUGGGAAAUCUUUCCGAGUGAGUUAUUGUCUAACCCUGCAUUUAAGAACACAUUCUGGUACAAGGCCAUACAAGUGUCCUCAUUGUGAUAAGAGAUUCAAAUCACACAGCGUUUACAACCAUCAUAUGCUCACUCAUUCAGAUGUGAGAGCUUAUAAAUGUACGUACUGCCCCAAGGCCUUCAAAACUAGUGUGCAGUUAGCCGGGCAUAAAAACAGCCACAUCAAACCGUUUCCUUGUACAGAAUGCAAUCGUCCUUUCGCUUCAUUAUAUGCUGUAAGAACUCAUAUGGAAACCCACAAGAGGGAAAAUAAUUUGAAAUUUGAUUGUUGGUUGUGUGGUGCAACCUAUGCCAGAGCAUUCGCUCUCAGAGAUCAUGUAAGAAACCACCAUACGGAUGAGAAUGUUGUAAUUAAUGAUGAUGUAAAUGAUCCCGAUCAUGCUGAAACUCAAGAGAGUACUUCCCAAAUUCAAAAUGAAAUGGAACACAGUGAGUGAAGACCGUACAGUGUGUAAAAGCCAAUUGGAAUAAAUUCAUUAUUUAAAAUCCCGAAAAAUGUCUACCUUCAACCCCCUUUGUUUGGGGUUGUAUCUGUCGAAUGACAGAUACAACCCCAAAUUCUUUAGAUGGGAAGUAUAGACUUGUGAUAUAUUGUUUGAAAGGUCUCUUCAUUUUCUAUUCAAAAAUAUUAUCGCUUUCAAGUUUAUUGCAACAAUUAAGAUAAUGCAAAACAUAAUGAAAUGUAGAAUACGAAAAAGAACAAUGGAUUUUAAAAAAGAAGAUGCUCAAAAAGUUCAACGCAAACGUCUUGGCAACAUCCUAAUCUCAAAUAAAACUGUCUUUUAACAUUAUUUAACAGGAGUUCAAUCAUCUGCUCAAAAUACUCUCCGAAAACAUCAGCUGUCAUCUCCUCGUGAUAGUCUUUUGUGCUUUUGGAUUCAAAUUCCAACAAACCAUGCUUAGCAAAUCCUUUUUCACUGCCAAUGUGAGAAACUAUUAAUCUACUGCCUUUACCAGAGGGUGGGGAAAUACCAGUAGACCAACCUUCCAUAAAGGCUUGCCUGGAGCUUGAUAUAUUUUUAUCUGUCCAAAUUUUUGUGAGAGUAUGACCUGCGUUUACCCACGUUUCGUCCUGAUAGUAAAUUGG